GUUGGCCAUGUUGAUUGUGUCAUUGUUAUUGUUUUUGACUUCACAUCUUGUAAUUAGGGCAAAGGUAACGGGAGCGAUUCCCGAUCUAGUGUUGUUGAAUGUACACAACGAGGUUCUCCUGUGUCAAGAAUCUCCGUUUCACCCGUGCAGCUUCACAGCCGUUCCUGUUUCCGGAUUACUGCAGUCUCUUGUCUUACUGAGUUGAAUCAGUCGAGUAAUAAUGGAUAAUCAGAUGUUCGAGUCCACUGCAGAGCGGACGUUUCAGUAUCAGAGCAGCCUCCCUCCUCUUCCCGUGCCCGAUCUACAGAACACGCUGAACAAAUACCUGCAUUCAGUGAAACCUUUUGCAUCUGAGAAGGAGUUUGGAGCCACAGAGGCCAUUGUGAAACGCUUUGAGGAGGGAAUCGGACAACAGCUGCACCAGAAGCUUCUGCAGAGAGCCAAGAACAGGCGCAACUGGCUUGAGGACUGGUGGCUGGACACAGCGUAUCUAGAGGUGCGCAUCCCCUCUCAGCUGAAUGUUAAUUUUGGGGGACCUACAGCCUACCUGGAGCACUGCUGGCCUCCAUGCGAGGGCACGCAGCUGGAAAGGUCCAGCAUAAAUUUGUGGCACAGCCUCCAGUACUGGGACCUUAUCCGCACGGAGAGGCUGGCUGUUCAUAAAGCAGGAACAACACCCUUUGACAUGGAUCAGUUCCGCAUGCUCUUCUGCACCUGCAAAGUGCCUGGCAUCACUAAAGACACCAUCCUCAACUUCUUUAAAACAGAGAGCGAAGGACCCUGCCCUUCUCACAUGAUAGUGAUGUGUCGUGGGAGGGUAUUCACAUUUGAUGCUCUUUGUGAUGGCCGUAUCCUCACUCCCCCAGAGCUGUUGAGGCAGCUCACUUACAUUAAAGAAUGCUGUGAUGGAGAGCCUGAGGGGGACGGUGUGAGCGCUCUCACCACUGAGGAAAGGACCCGCUGGGCGAAGGCUCGGGAGUAUCUGAUCUCCAUUGAUCCUGUGAAUAAGAACAUACUAGAAACUAUUCAGAGUUCUUUAUUUGUGCUCGCACUGGAUGAUGCCAAGCCCUAUGCCACCCCUGAAAACUACACACAGUUGACCCAUCUGGCAUUAACUGGUGACCCCACAAUCCGCUGGGGUGAUAAAUCUUACAAUCUCAUCUGCUUCUCUAAUGGGACCUUCGCUUCUAACUGUGAUCAUGCGCCAUAUGAUGCCAUGGUUUUAGUGUCUAAUGGAUACUAUGUAGAUCAAAAACUGAAGGCCUGUGGUGGAGUAUGGAAGGGUUCAGAGGUUGUGCGUGAGAUGCCUUUGCCAGAGGAGCUUAUAUUCACCGUGGAUGAACGGGUGAGGAGAGACAUUGCCUUGGCUAAAGAACAGUACAACAAAAGUUCUCAGGACCUGCAGGUUGUUAGUUAUGCCUUUACCUCCUUUGGAAAAACAGCCAUUAAGAAAAAGAAGCUUCACCCUGACACAUUUGUACAGUUGGCUCUUCAGUUAGCAUACUACAGGCUACACGGAAAGUCUGGUAGUUGUUAUGAGACGGCCACCACACGCCGUUUCUUCCAUGGCCGCACAGAGACCAUGAGGCCCUGCACUGUGGAGGCCCAGCACUGGUGCAGAACCAUGUUGAACCCUACAGCCACUAUUGAAGAGAAAAGACAAGCUUUAAAUGCAGCUUUCAGUAAACAUAACAAACUGAUGGGAGAGGCACAGGAUGGAAAAGGCUUUGACAGACACCUCCUGGGCUUGUAUCUGAUUGCUAAAGAGGAGGGUCUUCCUGUGCCUGAACUCUACACAGAUCCACUCUACUCUAAAAGUGGAGGAGGGGGGAAUUUUGUGCUUUCUACUAGUCUAGUGGGCUACACUACUGUACUGGGAGCAGUUGCACCCAUGGUGCCCCACGGAUAUGGGUUUUUCUACCGCAUCCGUGAUGACAGAAUUGUUGCAUCCUGCACCGCUUGGAAGUCCAGUCCAGAGACAGAUGCUGAAACUCUGUUUCAGAACCUCUGUACCUCUUUCCAUGACAUCAUGCAUGUCACUACUCUGUCUCAACUGUAAAGUAGAGUAUUCUGGCAAGGGCUGCAGGGCUGAGAUGAUCUCAGGCAUGACCUUUCCUUUAGACUAAUCUGCUAUGCUGGAAAUUGAAAGGGUUCAUAUGCUUCCCUUUUCAGUCAUAGAGUUUAUGAAGUUACCAGACAUUAUGAUGUUGAUUUUCAGAAAUAAUCUGGAAUGGUUUUAGUACAGCAGGUGCUUUAAACUCUCACAUGCCUUCAGUUAGUCAUCUCUGAAUCACUUAAAUCAGGAAAUCCUCCUCUAAGGUGCUUCAUGAUUUCUAACCAACAGUUUAUGCUACAUUAGCAGUAUUGCUUCCUAUUAAUUGUAGACCUGUGAAACUAGAAUGUCACAGGAAGCUCAUGCAUCUUAAAGGGAUAGUUCACCAAAAAAUGAAAAUUCUGUCAUCAUUUACUUAGCUUCAAGUUGUUCCAAACUGGUAUGCAUUUUUUAAAAAUCUGUUUCGUCACAAAAGCAGAUAUUUUGAAGAAUGCUGUUCACCAAACAGUUGUUUGAUUAUCAGCAUUCUUCAAAAUCAAGUUGUUCCAAACCUGUAUGAGUUUCUUUGAUCUGUUUAACACAAAAGAAGGUAUUUUGAAGAAUGCUGAUAAACAAACAGUUGUUUGGUUAACAGCAUUCCUCAAAAUCAGGUUGUUCCAAACCUGUGUGCAUUUUUUCAUCUGUUAAACACAAAAGAAGAGAUUUUGAAGAAUGCUGAUAGCCAAACAGUUGUUUGAUUAACAGCAUUCUUCAAAAUCAAGUUGUUCCAAAUCUGUAUGAGUUUCUUUCAUCUGUCACCAAACAGUUGACGGUAACCAUAGUAUAUUUUCCAUACUAUGGAAGUCAAUGGCUACCGUCAACUGUUUGGUGACAGAUGAAAGAAAAUCAUACAGGUUUGGAACAACUUGAGGGUGAGUAAAUGAUGACAGAAUUUUAAUUUUUGGGUGAACUAUCCCUUCAAGUCCACUAGAGAGAGACAUUAACACAGUUCAUUUUGUUUUUUAAGCCGAUCUUUGUUCUCUAUUGACUCGUGGGCAAUAAACAGCCCUCAAGUGUGGAACUUGAUCCUGACCUCUUACAUACACAGUAUAUAUAUGGUUUGAUUUCACAUUUUAAUGCACAGUCAAUGCAACAGCACAAAUAUAAUGCAGACAUAAUUGCUCUUUCUUAAUUUUAAGAUUUUCUUAACUAUCAUGUGUCUUUUCAAAUUUCAAGGCUUAAUGCACUAGAGCCAAAUAUUUUGCGCCAAUAGGAUAUAAAUGAAUGUUUUUAUUUUGAACAUAUAUGUGCUGAUGUAAAAAUGUUUUACCGUUUGUUGAUAAUUGUAGGUUUGAUUUGCACUGCUCUCCUAGUUAGGAAACACUGAAUAAACGUUCCUAAAGUCCACCUCUUAUUUUGAAUGACAAAUUUUGUCAUACUUGCAUGAAAAUUUGAAUGUGAAUUGCCUACAAGUUUACCAAGAAUACAGGUUGGCUUGUUGUCUAUUGCAUACUCAAUUACCUGCCAAGAUAUUGCAAACAUUUCCGCUGACUAAGUAUUCAUAAGGUGUGAAUAUCCAUGUAUUUGUAUAGGAAUUUUAGUUGACCAAACUAUCUGUCACCUAUGGCCUUAAACGUGCCUGUUUGUUUUCAAUUCUAUUCUUGCAUUCUGGUGUCUCUAUGUGCAUUGAUUGUAAAUAUUUUACAUUUGCAAUUGUAGUCAUCACAGCUCUUUAAUUGCUUGUUUAAUGCAUAAAGUUAUUUUGUGGAAAUAA